AUGAGCGCGCCUGAAGGAGAGGCCGCAGCGUCAGCCGGGCCACCGCAGCAGCAGCAGCAGCAGCAGCAGCAGCAGCAGCAGCAGCGAGCGAGCAGGCCGCCGAGUGCAGUGUCGGCUGCACGGAGCAAGCUCAACGCCGCGCUCGGGGCAAACGGACCAGUGUACUAUGACAUGCUCAAGCGGUACAUGCUGGCUGAGGCAACCAAGAGCGAGCUGGACGCAACAGCGAGAAAUCUGCUGGGCGAUGACCAUUUCGGUUUGCACACUGCGUUUCUCAGAUCCAGCAUCCAGAACGCUGCCGCCAAGUCUGCAGUCCCAAGGAAGAAACGACCGCUAUCGGCAGAUUCCUCCGGCGCAGGUACGCCCGUCGUCGAUACACCUCAGGAAUCGAAUCAGUCGACAACUGUCGAUAUGACCGCGGUCCAGGAGGAGCCGACGCCACAGGACGAGAGAGCCUUUGCCAGCUCAACAGACGAGUGGCAACCUGUCCAACAUGACGCUCGCCCGGCCAACACACGUGCAGUCACCCUCUGUUCCCAAUUGCGACGGCUCCCAACCGUGGCGGAGAUGCGCGCGCGGUUAUUUGUGACUGCAUUUGACUACGAACUCCAUGAUGUCACUGAUGAGGCUGCUAAGCUACUAGUACAAGCUCUUGAGUAUCACAUGAUGAAUGUGAUUGGAAAGACAAUUUGGUGGAAGAAGCGCGGCCGCCGAAAAGCAAGUGUCGUCCGACGCGAGCUGGCAGCCCAAAUUCCUCAGCCACACGCCGAGCUGGCGCUACCUCUGAUCGACAUCCCCGACCCAGCUGCCUUGACCGAUCCUUUGGGCCCCGAAGACCUGCUUUUGGCGCUCUCCAUGUCCCCCAGCUUGCUCGGUGACGAUCGGCUGUCCAAGGAACGAAUUUUGUCGCGGCUGCGUCAACGGUGAUUGCUUUUUCACGCAAACACUGUACAAUUCUUCUGCACAAAUCCCCAUUCACCACAAAUUCCUGCAAGCUUUGGAACAACAAGUGAAACUGAACGUGGACUUUCUUUCAAAAAAAUGCAGUACAAAGAAAGAAAGCACGAAAGACGGCGAGAGCAUUUCGCAAACAUGUUGUAUUC